UUUGCUUCGCUUUUAUUAGCUGUACCUUUGCUUCUAUUUCUAUUGCCAAUUGAAGAGUCUUUUAAGUAAUUUUAUUUGGGUUUCAUUUUUCUUUUGCCUAAAAUUAUUCUUUGUAAUUUUUGUUCCUCGGGUUUCACUCAUUUUUUUGCUAGCUGUCAGUGUUUCUGACUAUACGGAGAUAACUAGGCUCGAAAAAACUGUUGAUUCUACCUCCGAUAAAAAAAAAGGGAAACGUCAAUGUUCUGAAGAAAGAGGUGUUAAAAUAAAACAGAGACGGAGUGAAAUGUAUAGAGAGAUGUCAGCAGACAGAAGAGAAUUAAACUUAAUGCAACGACGAAUGGCGUACCUUCAUUCCACAACACAGAACCCUAUUGGUAACUCCGCUGAGCUACCAACUUCCUCUCAUCUUAACGGCGAGCUGAUCGAAAAUAGAAUUGGUGUAAGAGGAGCCACAUCUUCUCUCUUGGAAACAACCGUUUCUGAUAAUGGCAGAGUUAUAGGUGACAGCUCUUGCAUUUUUGAAGUUGGAACGUACAACGAACAAUAUAACAUUACGUCGCGUACUGCGACAAAGAAAGGUUUGUUUUCAUCUACCGUUCAAACCUUUUCACUCUUUUAUUUUCCUCAGCUGACAUAUUUUUCUUUGCUAAAAUCUGAGAUACACAGGUCGUAAAUCUAGAAAAUUUGGUUGCUGGAACAUUAAUGAAUUGCCUAAUGAUUCUUUUACACUCAAACCUGUAUCAAACUGUCAAUUUUGUAGAGCCAAAAGAUUUGAAUAUGAACCAUUAGGAUUUUGUUGUGACAAUGGUUCAGUGAAACUGAUUCACUAUGGAAUGCCUACUGAAUUGCUAAAUCUUUAUUUAGGAAACUCUGAGGAAUCUGAACAUUUUCGCACUUAUGUUAGAAUGUAUAACAAUAUGUUCGCAUUUACUUUUGUUGGAGUGAAAUAUGACAGAGAUUUAGUGAAAAGAAAUUAUGGUAUUUAUACAUUUAGAGUUCAGGAAAAAAUGUAUCAUUUUAUAGAUAACUUGAUGCCAUCGAGUCAACCGGCUAAAAAUCUACAGCUGUAUUUCUACAAUACAAAUAAUGAGGUAGCAAAUCGGAUGGCAUUCUCUGACAAGCAUAAUGAAUCAGUUAUCAGAACUUUGAUGGACACAUUAAA